UCGCUUCCGCUCCUGCAAGGAGAGGCUGCCUGGCAGUGCUUCUGGUGAGGGGAGAUCCUGGAGCGUCCCGUGGCCCAUCGUGUGGCUGGUGCUCCCGGAGGCUCCCUCAAGGCCCGGCUCUGCGCCCUGGGGAGGAGCGGCGGAGGUGGCCGGGCCCUCCCUGGCUGGCCUCUGCCUGGGGCGGCGCUGCCUGGGAUUCCUGGACGCAUCUCAGUUGCCUGCGGAGCCCCUGGGAGAGUCUAGCUUCCCUCGGGAGCCUGGCAGAGGCGCUGUGAUGACAGAUGGCCAGCGUCCUGAAGCCUUAAGUGUUGCUUCCCAGAGCCCUGCACUGUCCCAGGUAGAAGGAGAGAACAAUGACCAAGUUACAGGAGACGGUGACGUUCAGGGACGUGGCCGUGGUCUUCAGCGAGGAGGAGCUGGGGCUGCUGGACGCCGCCCAGAGGAAGCUGUACCGAGACGUGAUGCUGGAGAACUUCCGGAACCUUCUGUCAGUGGGAGGCCAGGGUCCAAACAAGAUGGAGGUUCUUCAUGCAAUAGGAUUAAGGUGCCUCUCACUGGGGCGGCUUCCAUGCUGGCAGUUGAUGAUCCCUGAUGUCAACACACUGGCCGGAACUCCAGGUGCCGUGGUAAACACUCAGGGAAAGGCUUCUCACUUCCUGGAGCAAUGUCACUCCUGCCACCGGGGAGCAGAAGAGCCGCCCUGGGCCUCCAGGGAUGAUGGCCGCCUGGAGAGUCUCACAGGAGACCAUUCUAGCACUACUGACGACCAAGAAUGUCCCUCUGGGGGAGUCCCGAGUUCUUGGAGAAAAACACAUCUUAGCGAGAGGCGGAACCAUCGGAGACACUGUCGGCAGCCUCCGGUGAAAACCAAGCCGCGGCUGUCAGCCCCGGAUGUUGACAUUCUGAGUUGCAUUUCCCACCACGAUAACGAUGCGCUGCACAAAGGAGACAGAGCCCCCAGCAGUGGCGACUGUAGGAAAGUCAGCUUUGCUGUGUCGCCCCGCGCCCCACAUCGCGUUUACACGGAACGGAAAGCCUAUCAGUGCGGCAAGGGUGAAGAAGCCUUCGGUGACAGCCCCGAUCUGGGACUCCAUCAACAGGUCCUCUUAGGAAACAAGUCCCCUGUACACAGGACACACGGGGACAGCGGGCAUAGCUCCAGUGUCCCCAGUCAACCAAGUGGUCACCCGGGAAGAAGGCGCUACUGGUGUCGCGAGUGUGGCAAGGGCUUCAGUCAGAGCUCCAAUCUGCAGACUCACCAGAGAGUGCACACGGGGGAGAAGCCCUAUACCUGCCCCGAGUGCGGCAAGAGUUUCAACCAGAGCUCACAUCUGUACGCGCAUCUGCCCAUCCACACCGGUGAGAAGCCCUACCGCUGCGACAGCUGUGGGAAAGGCUUCAGCCGCAGCACCGACCUCAACAUCCACUGCCGAGUCCACACCGGAGAGAAACCUUACAAAUGCGAGGCGUGCGGGAAGGGCUUCACGCAGAGGUCACACCUCCAGGCCCACGAGAGAAUCCACACCGGAGAGAAGCCGUAUAAAUGUGGAGACUGUGGCAAACGCUUCAGCUGUAGCUCGAACCUCCACACCCACCAGAGGGUCCACAUGGAGGAAAAGCCCUACAAGUGUGACGCGUGUGGGAAGUGCUUCAGCCUGAGCUUCAACCUUCACAGUCACCAGCGAGUCCACACCGGGGAGAAGCCAUAUAAAUGCGAAGAGUGCGGGAAGGGUUUCAGCUCGGCCUCAAGCUUCCAAAGCCAUCAGCGGGUGCACACGGGAGAGAAGCCAUUUCGCUGCAGUGUGUGUGGGAAGGGCUUCAGUCAGAGCUCUUAUUUUCAAGCCCACCAGAGAGUUCACACCGGGGAAAAGCCAUACAAGUGCGAUGUGUGUGGGAAGCGCUUCAACUGGAGCUUGAACCUUCACAAUCACCAGAGAGUCCACACAGGAGAGAAACCCUAUAAAUGCGAGGCGUGUGGCAAGGGCUUCAGUCAGGCCUCGAAUCUGCAGGCCCAUCAGAGCGUCCACACCGGGGAGAGGCCGUUCAAAUGCAACGCGUGCCCGAAGCGGUUCAGCCAGGCCUCCCACCUCCAGGCCCACCAGAGGGUGCACACGGGGGAGAAGCCCUACACAUGUGACACCUGUGGGAAAGCCUUCAGCCAGAGGUCCAAUCUCCAAGUCCACCAGAUCAUCCACACCGGGGAGAAGCCAUUCAAGUGUGAGGAAUGUGGAAAGGAAUUCAGCUGGAGCGCGGGGCUUAGCGCUCACCAGAGGGUCCACACGGGUGAGAAACCCUACACAUGCCAGCAGUGUGGGAAAGGCUUCAGUCAGGCCUCACACUUCCACACGCACCAGAGGGUCCACACCGGGGAGAGGCCGUACAUCUGCAGCAUCUGCUGUAAAGGCUUCAGUCAGAGAUCACAUCUGGUCUACCACCAGCGGGUCCAUAGUGCGGGCAAUCUGUAGGAGCUUUGUAUUGCGGACAGGUGAGGGCCCUGUCAGGCAUCUGCUCUCCCUGGAAAUCCGUGCUGCUGAUUGUUAGAAGUUCCUCAGAACCAGGAGCCUUUGGGGACUUCAAAGGGAUGGUGUGCUUCUGUUUGGGAGAUGGAUUCUUGACAAAUGUCGGAAAUCACAGAUGAGAGGAAAAUUGUUCUAUAAAUGCACAGUCACCGGGAAUGAGAGUUGCCACCCUCGGGACAUGACACAGCAGGAAAAUCUCAGCAUCCAUUCAGGUCUCCGCAGAGGCCACAGGAAAGGCCUUAACCAAAGUGGGAGAUUGGCAGGUGUUGACUGACCUGUCACUUCCUCAAAGGAAGCGCUCCUCUGUAUUCUGCUAUGCAGAGCUGUGUGUGGCCCAGGGCCCCACAAUUCCUGAAGCAAGUGGAGAAGGGCCCUCUAAGCAAGACUCAUAUUUGAAAACGCUAGCCCGUCUCCAACCCUGCAUUCAUAUUGAUUCAUAUCCAUCAGUAAUCCCAUAGAAAGCCUUAAAGUAGCUUCUGGAAGGCACAGGCUUCCCACUCACAUCUGUAGUGUGUGGCCUGCCUCAUGUAGCCAUGGUGCUUUGUACAGCAUAGCAACUUUGUACUGUGUGAUUUUUAGUAUUUGUACUUUAUAAGACUAAAACGGUGCUUAAAAAAAAAAAAAGUCCUGUAUUUGUCAGACUAGGAACAUGAACUGAAACGUAUUCCAUUGGAAGUUUGGGCCCCGAGUUCAUUGGGACAGGGUUUUUACUGUAACGAACACUGCAGAUGUUUUUUACAAAGUAUUUACUGUUGACAAAAAGUUCUUAGUAAACUUGAAUGGUUAGUUA